AUGAGUGGCGAGAUGGAUGGAGAAUUGCCCUUCAGGGUUCUGAAGCCGGCUACGUCGGAUGGAGCGUUGGCGAGGUUAGGGAGACUUGAGCUUCCAGGCCGCAAAAGUCUUGACACUCCGAACUUCUUUGGCGUCACGUCGAGAGGGGCCAUACCACACUUGACCCCAGACACCAUUCUGAAAUACACACAAACCAACGGGGUCUACAUGGCUCUAGAAGACUUCGUAGAAAAAUCCGGCAAGCGAGCCACUCCAGCCUUGUUUACCUCGCCCACAGACGCCGACGGCAGGAGGCUUCACUCUUAUACGGCAACCCCGUCUGACGUGACCAUCGUCCUUGGUCCUCGCCGCCAUCCGGCUGUCAUCUCACCUGGAGGCAAUGGGGCUACGUAUGUCUCCAUAUGCACCUCGACGGGGUUCCAGAGUCUAGAUAUGGAGCGGUACUGCAACUCCGUGGCCACUGUCAAACCCGAUGUCGUCAUUCCACUGGCUGACCUCACCUUCGGCCCUGGCAUCUCUAGUGCCAAGCGACAGCGCCGAAUGGUUGAGCGGACCGAAGAAUGGGUUGAGGCCUUCUUCAAGACGCUGGACCCUCAGGAGGUCUUGAAGCCGGCGGGGAUCCACGCGUUUGCUCCACUGCUGCCGGUCGAGUAUCCCAUGCAAUGGGAGUACUUGAAUCGUCUCUCUGAGGACCAUGCCCACCAUUUGUCUGGCCUGGCGGUCUACGAUGCCAACAUACUAGCUGACCUGCAGCAGCACAAACCUUUGGUAGAUUUGCCGCGACUGUCGAUGGACCCGCCUGCAUCGCCUCACCACAUUCUCCGUCAGGUUCGCAUGGGCGUCGAUGUCUUGACCAUCCCUUUUCUGAAUUCCAUCUCCGACCAAGGCAUUGCGCUCACCUUCUCUUUCCCUCUGAGCCAGACUGAAGACGGACGCAUUCUUCCUCUUGGACUGAACAUGUGGUUGAAGGAACAUCAAGUUUCCUUAUCCCCCUUGGAAGAAGGGUGCAGCUGUUACGCCUGUACGAAACACCAUCGCGCCUUUCUGCAGCAUCUCUUGAAUGCUAAAGAGAUGCUGGGUUGGAAUCUGCUGCAGAUCCACAAUCUCCACGUCAUGACCCAAUUCUUUGAAGCUAUUCGUGUAGCUAUCGCGGAUGGCUCAUUCGAGGAGAAAGCUAGGGACUUUGCCAGAGCCUACGAUCCCGAACUUCCUCUCGGCACUGGCGAGCCGCCGCGGUCUCGCGGUUAUCAUUUCAAGUCCAUCGCGAAUCAGCCUAAGAUCAAUGAGCCACCUUGGCAAGCUCUGGAAGGCGAUAAGGGCGAGGACCAGGUGCUCGCUGGUGAGAUUGCUGGGUUGGUCGUGACGGGACAUUCAGCGGUGGGCGGCGAGACGCCCCUGGUUCCCGACGCUGAUGCCGAUGCCGCUGAUUUGGACCAAAGCGGGUUUGCUGAAGUCGAAAAACGUGCUUGA